AUGUGCCUGGCGGUGAGAACAAGGUUUCUGACUGUGAGGACAAGGUUCCUGGCGGUGAGGAAAAAGUUACUGCCGGUGAGGACAAGGUUCCUGGCUGUGAGGACAACGUUCCUGGCGGUGAGGACAAGGUUCCUGGCGGUGAGGACAAGGUUCCUGGCGGUGAGGAUAAGGUUUCUGAGUGUGAGGACAAGGUUCCUAGCGGUGGUUGAGGAAAAGGUUCCUGGCGGUGAGGACAAGGUUUCUGACUGCGAGGACAAGGUUUCUGGCGGUGUGGACAAGGUUCCUGGCGGUGAGGACAAGGUUCCUGGCGGUGAAAACAAGGAUACUGACGGUGAGGACAAUGUUCCUGGCGUUGAGGACAAAGUUCCUGGCUGUGAGGACAAGGUCUCUGGCGGUAAGGACAAUGUUUCUGGUGGUGAGGACAAGGUUCUUGGCAGUGAGGACAAGAUUCCUGGCGGUGAGGACAAGGUUCCCGGCGGUGAUUCAUGACAACGUUCCUGGCGGUGAGGACAACGUUUCUGACUGUGAGGACAAGUCUUCUGGCGGUGAGGACAAGGUUUCUGACUGUGAGGACAAGGCAUCUGGCGGUGAGGAUAAGGUUCCUGCCUGUGAGGACAAGGUUCCUGGCGGUGGGUGAGGACAAGGUUUCUGGCGGUGAGAAAAAGUUUCUGACUGUGAGGACAAGGUUCCUGGCGGUGAGGACAAGGUUACUGGCCGUGAGGACAAGGUUCCUGGCGGUGAGGACAAGGUUCCUGGCGGUGAGGACAAGGUUCCUGGCGGUGAGGACAAGGUUCCUGACGGUGAGGACAAGGUUCCUGGCGGUGAGGACAAGGUUGCUUGGGGUGAGGACAAGGUUCCUGGCGUUGGGUGAGGACAAUGUGCCUGGCGGUGAGAACAAUGUUUCUGACUGUGAGGACAAGGUUUCUGGCGGUGAGGACAAGGCUACUGGCGGUGAGGCAAGGAUCCGGGCGGUGAGGACAAGGUUACUUGCGUUGAGGACAAGAUUCCUGACGGUGAGGACAAGAUUACUGGCGGUGAGGGCAAGGUUAGUGGCGGUGAGGACAAUGUUCCUGGUGGUGAAGACAAGGUUUCUGACUGUGAGGACAGGGUUUCUGGCGGUGAGGACAAGGUUCCUGGCAGUGAGGACAAGGUUCCUGGCGGUAAGUACAAGGUUAAUGACGGUGAGGACCAUGUUCCUGGCGGUGAGGACAAGGUUACUCGCGGUGAGGACAACGUUGCUGCCAGUGAGAACAAGGUUACUGGCGGUGAGGACAAGGUUACUGGCGGUGGGAACAAGGUUCCUGGCGGUGAGGACAAGGUUCUUGGCGUGACGACAAGGUUCCUGGCGGUCAGGACAAGGUCCCUGGCGGUGAGGACAAGGAUCCUGGCGGUGAGGAUAAGGUUCCUGACGGUGGGUGUGGACAAGGUUCCUAGCGGUGAGAACAAGGUUUCUGACUGUGAGGACAAGGUUUCGAGCGGUGAGGACAAUGUUCCUGGCGGUGAAGAGAAGGUUCCUGGAGGUGAGGACAAGGUUUCUGACUGUGACGACAAGGUUUCUGGGGGUGAGGACAAGGUUACUGGCGGUGAGGACAAUGUUCCUGGCGGUGAGGACAAGGUUCCCGGCGGUGAGGACAAGGCUUCUGGCGGUGAGAACAAGGUUCCUGGUGGUGAGGACAAGGUUGCUGGCG